CUACUCGGACACUUGACUUUACGAACCCGGAAAUGGGUGUAUCGUUAUUUUUAGUCCCCUGACUUUUCAUCAUGAAGGAAGCGAGUAUGGCUUUCCCUGUGAGUAUGGGGGCUCUGCUCCAGUCGAACCUCUUGGAGGACGCUGCUCACCGAGAUGAUGGGUUGUGUGUUGUCGGUAUUUUCGGUAAAAGCAGCAUGCAGCCCGGACCGUUGAAGGAGUCCCUUAUCAACACACUGGCGGACAAACACAUCUUCUCACUGUUCGGUGAACCGGAGGACAGCGGCACCGCAGACAGCAACAUCCAGGCUUUCUACAGCCAGGAGAACCGGGUGCUCUAAUUAUGCGACAGCCGACAGCUACUGCGCGCCUGCCAGUCUCUGAGCGCCGACACCGGCCACUCCGAAGCUCACGACUUCUGGAAAGGCCUGGACAGGCAACACUGCCUCCACCUGCUCUACAUGUUCUCCGUGUGCCAUGUCCUCCUUCUCGUCCACCCCAACCAGACCUUCGAUGUCACCUACGACCGUCUCUUCAGAGCCUUGGAUGCCCUACGGCAGAAGGUCUUGCCUCUGAUCCGAGCUGCCAUCAAAGACUGUCCCGUGUCCAAAGAAUGGAAGGUGAACUGUCGACCCUGCCCUCCACGCCUGCUCUUCGUCUUCCAGAUGAAUGGCACUCUGAAGGUUUCGGCAAAUGGCUCUGAGUCUGGAGCAAACCCUGACAAGCCCAAAAAGCACUCUCCCAGGAGGAGGCUGCAGCAUGCCCUGGAGGACCAAAUUUAUCGCAUCUUCCGUAAAAGCAGGGUCCUUACCAACCAAAGCAGCAAUUGCUUGUUCACUGUGCCUGCCAACCAAGCAUUUGUUUAUGUGAUACCAGCAGCAGAUGAGGACCCUGUGGGUGCCUUGCUUGGUCAGUUGCGGUCCAACUGCAUCUUGUGUGACCAAGACUCCACCACCUCAGUGUCAGGACCGAGGCGUUAUCAGCAGAUGCGACGCUCCGCUCGGCAGUCAAGCUGCAACAGAGACUCAGGCAGUACGUCAAUGAGCAGUCAGCUGGUGGACUACAACUUGAAGGAAUUCCUCUGGCAGCAUGUGGAGCUAGUGCUGAACAAGAAAGGCUUUGACGACAGUGUAGGCCGCAACCCGCAGCCUUCGCACUUUGAGCUACCAACCUACUCCAAAUGGGUCCAAGUUGCCUCCAAGCUCCACCAAGUCCUAAUUAGCAACACAGAUGAAGAAAUGGUUGAGCUAGCCACAAAAGUCCAAAGCCAGCUGAAGGUUUUGGAGAGUUCUCUCGACGCUGACACAAAGUUCUCUGAGAACAGGUGUCAAAAAGCUCUGCCACUGGCUCACAGCGCUUACCAGUCCAACCUUCCCCAUAAUUACACCACUACGGUGCACAAAAACCAGCUGGUGCAGGCUGUUCGAGUGUACAGCCAACAUGCUCGUGGUGUGGCUUUCCAGCGCUACAAACUGCAGCUUAAUGAGGACUGCUACAAGUUCUGGAGCAAUGGCCACCAGCUGUGUGAGGAGAGAAGCCUGACUGACCAACACUGUGUCCACAAGUUCCACCUGCUGCCUAAGCCAGGUGAGAAGCCAGACAUGGAUCGCAAUCCACCCAUCCUGAACCACAACAGUAGGGGGCGCUCCACCAGCUCCUGUAACUGUGGCAGGAAACAGGCCCCACGAGAGGAUCCCUUUGACAUCCAGGCUGCCAAUUACGACUUCUACCAGAUGCUAGAGGAGAAAUGCUGUGGGAAGCUGGAGAGGAUUGAGUUUCCAAUGUUCCAGCCCAGCACUCCUGACCCAGCCCCAGCCUCCAACCAAGCUCAGCGACUUCCGUGUGAGGCCUCAGUGUCUGGUGAUACAGAGAGGCUGAAGGAGCCAAGUACUGCCCAGAGCCAUACACCUAGAGACACCAGCCUCAGCCUGGCUCUCAGUCUAGGCCAUUCCACAGACAGCCUGGGCCCCUAUGGGGAGGGAGAUGGAACGGAAACCCAAGUCCAGCAAAAGAGGCCGAGCCUCAUAGAUCGCCAGCCCUCCACUGUGGAGUACCUCCCUGGUAUGAUGCACUCUGGCUGUCCAAAGGGCCUGCUACCUAAGUUCUCCAGUUGGUCACUGGUCAAACUAGGCCCAGCGAAGUCAUACAACUGCCACACUGGUCUGGAACAACCAGGCUUCCUCCCUGGCUCCUCCUUCCUCUUGCCUUGGGACUUGGUGAUCCGCUCUCGCUCAGAGGAUGAUACAGGACUGACGGAGCCUCUGAACGGAGGCACCUCCUCAUGGCCAGCCCCCAACAAGUCACUGGUGGGAAAGAGAGGAAGCACUGGAGGGCUUGGUAGGGGUCGCAGGAGGGAUGAUAUGGCUCGAGUCUUUGUCGGGUUUGAGUAUGAAGACAGCAGGGGGAGACGCUUCAUUAGCUCUGGGCCUGAUAAAAUAGUGAAGGUACUUGGGCCAGGGGGUGCCAAGGAUCCUGCCAGCAGGGUUUUAAACACUGACAUGCCACUGUACAUCCCUUCUCCUUCGCAAGGCCGUGGCCUGAAGCCUCACUUUGCCCAGCUGGCUCGGCUUUUCAUUGUGGUACCUGAUGCCCCACUAGAAGUAACCCUCAACCCACAGGUACAGCCUGGCUCUCCUCCCUGCCCAGUUUUCCAUCCAGAGCAGACAGAUUUAGUGUUGCCACCUGAUGGUCUUUGGGUGCUGAGGUUCCCUUAUUCUUAUGCAACAGACCACGGCCCCUGUUACCCCCCCAAAGAAAACCAACCCCUCAACAACUACAAGGUGCUGCGAGGCAUCCUGAGAGCCACCACUGCUAACCCUCAACCACAAUGAACUUAAACCAAAUAUUAAGACCUUCCCAGACCCAGAUUUAUUUAUUUAUUUACACCUCCUCAUAUAGGAUGAGUAAAUUUAGUUUUCUCCCCGGAUGUUCAUAUUCCCCUGUUGAUUUUGACGACCUCAUGACCUUUCUUCAGAGCACAAGUUAGACAAACUUACUGAAUACCCCCAUGCUCCCAGAGGAAUAACCCACUUGGAACAGUUAUGGCCUUCUCAUAAUUUUGAUUAUUUGACCUUGUUUUAGUCCUGUGUCCUGCAGUCAUGUGUCCCACUUUGUAUAUGUUGUUUUCACUUCUUACAGGGUGAAGAUUGAAAACUAAUGCCAGCAACAGAACUAAGUUACCAUUAAAGCAUCACGUCUCAGUAAUUAGGCUGAACUAAAGUGUAUUCUGCUUCAUAUACAGUAUCUGAAUAGUAACUCACACAUCAUUGGUCCACUGGCGUGAAAGCAGUUGCAACAUUGAUUACUGUUUACAUGUCUAGAUAAACACAGACAAAACCGUGAGUAUGAGUAGAACAUGUUUGUGUGUAAAUAAAAAUAACUUCGGCAUCCUGUGUCAGAUUUUUAUAAUGGUAUGAGUGAGAGAUAUACUGUAUCUGCUCAGUGUU